CCCGUGACUCAAACGCACAAGUUGUUAACGGCGCGCGCGCUUAAUCCAUCGGUACGUGGGAUUGGGCGGGAAGAGUCGGUUGAGGAAACACAGGAUUGGGCGGAUGGAAGAGUCAAACUGCUGCUGAUGAGAUGAAUCCACUUCACUUCACUUUACCUCAGCUGAGGAAACGCACGCAUGCCGUUUCUGUUCGGUGCUGAAUGAGAAGGAGACAUUUUCCUGUCCAUAUAUUGACAUCAUUGAAAAUAAUAAUCGUACUGGACAAAUAGUUUGCCAAACAGAAGAAUAUAUAUAUAUAUAACAUUUACAAUUGAACGAUGGCUUUCAUGGUGAAACACGUAGUCGGUGGUCAGCUAAAGAAUCUGACAGGAGGUCUGACAGAAGAGAAAUCUGACGGAGAUAAAUCCGACGCGGCUACUAAAGGAAUGACACAAGAAGAGUUUGAACAAUACCAACAACAACUAGAGGAGGAAAAGCAAGAACGAGAUGCCAAUUUUGCCCAGCGAAAGGCGGAGAGGGCGACAAUCAGAACUCACUUCAGAGACAAAUACAGGUUACCAAAGAAUGAGGUAGAUGAGACUCAGAUUCAGGCUGCUCGAGAUGAUGUUGAGCUCCCCACUGAACUGGCCAAGAUGAUCGCUGAGGACAACCAAGAGGAGGAACACAAGCAGUCCGUCCUGGGUCAGCUGACCAACAUCCAGAACGUGGACGUGAAUCAUCUAAAGGGCAAAGCUCAGGCCACGCUGGAAGAUCUGAAGAACUCUGCUGAGAAGUGUUCCCUCAUGUGAUCUCUCCCUGUCUCUCUUUCUUCCAAAAAACCUUCUUUUCACCUUAUCUACUGUACUGGAUAUCUUCUCCAUCAUCUCGCUCUCAUAAAACAUACUGAACACACACACACUGCCAAACAUCCAUGCUCACAAAUCUAGCGUAAUGUGUACGGCAGUGUUGUUUCAUAAUUCUAAUAUUGUUCUAGAAGUUUAAAUGUAUUCUAACCGGGUGAACCUUAUUUCACCCCAGAAUCAAAGAAGUUUUAGUGAAAUUCACACAACCCUGACAGGCCUUCUCUACUCUCAUCAAAUAUAGACCCCAUUUACACCUGGUAUUAAGCAUGUGGCCAGCGCUAAAUACAGGCGUAAAUGGGAUCCGAAAUGUUUUGUGAUCGGACCACAAAAACCACAUAUGAAGGUAGACAGAAACGCAUGUGACCACGUUGCAUUUGAGGUGUAAACAGUCAUUCAUCCUGUAUGCGUCCUGGACAGCAGUGAAGCACCUCCCCUCACCAAACAAGUUUAAAUUUGGCUGGUUACAUGUGGCUUUAAAAGAGAAUAACCAGGGGGCCUGGGUAGCUCAGCAAGUAAAGACACUGACUACCACCCUGGAGUUCACAAGUUCAAAUCCCAGGGCAUACUGAGUGACUCCAGCCAGGUGUCCUAAGCAACCAAAUUGGCCCGGUUGCUAGGGAGGGUAGGGUCACAUGGGGUAACCUCCUCAUGGUCACUGUAAUGUGGUUCGCUCUCAGUGAGGCGGGUGAUGAGUUGUGCACAGAUGCCACAAUGGAUGGCAUGAAGCCUCCACACACGCUAUGUCUCUGCAGUAGCGUGCUCAACAAGCCACAUGAUAAGAUGCACAGGAUGACAGUCACAGAUGCAGAGGCAACUGAGAUUCGUCCUUCACCAUCUGGAUUGAGGCAAGUCACUACACCACCACGAGGACUUAGAGUGCAUUGGGAAUUGGGCAUUCCAAAUUGAGGUGAAAAGGGGGAGAAAAAAAAAAAGAGAAUAACCAUCCAAUCUGAAAAUUUUAAAAAGUGGAUACAUACACAAGCAUGAGAACUUCACAAAUCUUCUUUAUUGUGCCAACACAGGCACUUCAUAAAUAAUUCUGCUCGAAAUGUUCCAUUUGUGCGUAGAUUAAUUUUCAACUGUAUCUGGGAGAAACGGCACGCCAGAUCUUUUGCACAUUCUUUGUCUUUAAUUACUUUUUUUUGCAGUUUCUUAUCAUGCAAUAAAACACUGACAGAGUGAUUGAUAUUUGUCAUCAUUAAAUCAGUGACCCUUUCCUCGAUAUCCAAACACAAAUGGUCACAGGAGAUGCAUUUAAGCGACCAGGUGUUAACAGCGAUGUGUCUCGCCUGACCACAUGUGAUCGGAUCAACCGAGAUGCAUCUUAAUACCAGGUGUAAACGGGGUCAAAGACAUCCUGCUCUGAGAAUCCAAUCAAAACACCUGCUCCAGUGUGAAUGUGUUAAAUGAUCAGGUUCAUUAAAGCAAUAGUGUGGAUUCAUAAUCCUGAAGAGUCCAUAGAAAUGUGACUGCCCCUGAGUCUGGGGUCUGUUUGAAGGGCUUAUAGGUGCAGGGUCAGAGGAUUAGACCAGAUCUUUUAGGCGUCCAUACUUAUUCCUUUUCCACUAACAUAGUCCCAGAACUGGUGAACAGCCAGGAGAUUGGUGGAGAGGUGUACAAUGAGAGGUGUACGAUGACAUAACUGACUAAUAACCUGCCUGCAAUUGAACAUGCUACAUCAUGUCACGGUCUUUGUUUUUUACUGCUAGUUUUGAGAACUUAUUUUAACAUCCAACGUAAUUCCAUUCAGCGUAUUUAUGCCAUCACGAGCUUUGAUGCAACAGUCAAAAGAAGGUGUAUUUAAAUGUAUAACAUAAAUUCACAGCAGUCAGUUCACAAACAUGAUAUUUGUCAAUAAACUGAUUUUAUUUUAAGCAGACUAGGAAAAUAAAGUAGGUAAAGUGUAGAUUUGAAUAGAUUUGAGACCAGCAGGUUUUAAGGGCCUUUUUCUCCAGCCUAUUGCCACUUUGAUGGAAAUAUGCAGAAUGGGGCCAGAUUGUGCACAGGAACCAUGCUGGUGGAAAGUGGGUAACUAACUAUAACACCUUAUCCUUGAUUUAGCUGUGGUUAACACCUUUUGACCUUUCCUUCAGUGGUGCUGUUUUGUGCAGGUGGUUUGGUGUUGUCUUGAUGCAGAUGCUGAACUUUUGCUUUCUGGUUGUUCCUCUUACAGAGAUGUUUUCGCUAUUGCUACAAGCAAAAUAAUUAUCUGAAAUAUUCUGCUUAAUCAUUCUGACUGCAGGUGUCAGUAUGAGGUGGGGCAGUGCGAAUGAAAAAAAUUUAUUAUUUAGUUAUAAAGAAAAAAACCUGAAGCAUUUUGUGAAGUUUGUGUGUUCUGUGACUUCUGUCUGUUGUCAAUGUGUAUUGGAUGAAGCCAUGCAGGGAUUUUGAUUUUGCUGGAAAGAUUGACCUGAGUAAUAAGCUGCUUCCAUCUUGGGAUUUUUGCAAAAAAAAAAGAAAAAAGCAAUAUUACAGUCUCUGAUCUUAAUACAGGACAGAGGUUAUAGCCAAUAACAUAUGGGGAGUAAGUCUGAAUAGAAAUAAAAAGGGUUGAAAUUUAUUUGCCCUUUAAAUUAUUUUACCUAGUAAGUCAUAGAUUUAUUAAAUUCUUCAUUAAUGGCUAGAAAGUAUUUUUUGACUUUGAUUUUACUUGUCCUCAAUACCAUAGUUGUUUCCAUUCUGGACUGCAUAAGUAACAUAAUUACCAAUUUAAUGUAAUACUGUACUUAUUCUGCUAUCAUUUCCAGAUUUUUGAUUGACUGUUGAAACUGUAAUAAAUAUAUUUGUACUAAG